UUAUGGGGUUAGGAUUCUGCAAGGCUAGUUUGGGGGAAUGUGAGGAUAGGAGGGAGGCUUUGAAAGAGAAGGGGCAGUUUUUUUGAGGGGCUGGAAAUUGGGUAUAGGAGACAGAAUAUUUUGGGUGCUGUAAAGAUGUGGGAGGUCUGAGAGGGGAAAGGGUAAUAGGGAUUGGGAAGUAUAGGGGAGCAUCUUUUGGAAGCUUUUUGGAACUGCAGUUGGGGAUGAGGAGCAGCACCUUAUCAACUCCUUUGGCAUUGAGUGCAGCCUUCGUUCUGGCUACUGGUUUGGCACCAGGAAGAGCAGAAAUUGUGGAGGAGACGUGCCUUGUUCCUUGUGGAAGCCAUGUCCACCUUCCGGCAGGAAAAUGUGGAAGACCACUAUGAGAUGGAGGAGGAGCUGGGCAGUGGCCAGUUUGCAAUUGUGCGGAAGUGCCGAGAGAAGAAGAGUGGCCUGGAAUACGCAGCCAAGUUUAUCAAGAAGCGGCGCCUGUCCUCAAGCCGCCGGGGGGUGAGCCGUGAGGAGAUUGAGCGGGAGGUGAACAUUCUGCGGGAGAUCCAGCACCCCAACAUCAUCACCCUUCAUGACAUCUUUGAGAACAAGACGGACGUGGUACUAAUUCUGGAGCUGGUCUCAGGUGGGGAGCUCUUUGACUUCCUGGCUGAGAAGGAGUCACUGACGGAGGAGGAGGCCACCCAGUUCCUCAAGCAGAUCUUGGAUGGGGUCCACUACCUGCACUCCAAGCACAUUGCCCAUUUUGACCUCAAGCCUGAGAACAUCAUGCUCCUUGACAAAAACGUCCCGAGCCCUCGGAUCAAGCUGAUCGACUUUGGCAUUGCUCACAAGAUUGAAGCAGGAAACGAGUUCAAGAAUAUCUUUGGCACCCCAGAGUUUGUAGCUCCAGAAAUAGUCAACUAUGAACCUUUGGGCCUGGAGGCUGACAUGUGGAGCAUUGGAGUCAUUACCUACAUCCUCCUGAGCGGCGCAUCACCUUUCCUGGGUGAAACGAAGCAGGAGACUUUGACCAAUAUCUCUGCUGUGAACUACGACUUUGAUGAAGAGUAUUUCAGCAACACCAGUGAACUAGCCAAGGACUUCAUUCGGCGCCUGCUGGUCAAAGAUCCCAAGAAACGAAUGACGAUUGAGCAGAGCCUUGAGCAUCCAUGGAUUAAGGUGAUCAAGCGACGGAAUGUCCGGAAUGAAGACAGCGGCAAGAAGCCUGAGCGCCGACGCCUCAAAACGACGCGGCUCAAAGAAUACACCAUCAAGUCCCAUUCAAGCAUGCCCCCCAACAACACCUACAUCAACUUUGAGCGCUUCUCCAAAGUCAUGGAGGAGGUGGCGGUGGCUGAGGAGAGCCUGCGGGAGCUGCAGCGGAGCAAGAAGUCCUUCCAGGAGGACAUUGAGGCCUUGCGGUCCAUCUAUGAGGAGAAGGAGCUGUGGUACAAAGAGGAGAACGAGGCCAUCAGCCAGGACCUCCGUCAGAUCCGGCAGGAGAUGCAGAAGACGGAGGCCCUCAAGCGGCUGACCCAGGAGGAGGCCAGGGGUGCCACGCUGGCUGCCAAUGGGCUGAAGCGGCGAUAUCGGAAGCUGGAGAACCGCUUUGAGGCCCUGGCCAAGCAGGUGGCCUCGGAGAUGAAGUUUGUGCAGGAGCUGGUUCGAUCUGUUGAGCUGGAGAAGUCGCAGAGCGGGGAAGGGGACUGCACCAUCCGCUAACGAUGCUCCUAUGAGCCCCUGUGGGUGCCUGGAGGAGCUCAGGGCCAGCCCUUCUCCUGCCAAAGACGUCUGCUUGUCCUGCAUCCUGAGGGGCACACACUCCUUAUUUAAUACCUGGUGUGGCUGCUUCCAAGACUACACGUCCCAUUAUGCAGUGCUCCUGCCUGGCCCUGUUAAGUGGAUGGAUCCUGCAUGCUCGGAACUUGUAGUCGUUUCCCACCAGAAAAUGGUGCAGCUUGUGUAUAUUACCUACAAGUCUUGCUUGGACUCCCACUUUCCACCUUAGUGCUGGCAGAAGGUCCCCCUUCCUUAUUGCAUCUGAGCAGACCCCCCCUUGCCUCACAAACAGAUUUCAGGUUGCGAGGUGUGUAGGCACAGGCCUGUCCCUGACCGCAGGUCUGGCUUGCUCGCAGUGCUUCUGCCCACUCAGGCUGGCACCCGGGCAGUUCGGGGCAGGGCUUUGUGCCUGCACCCUCCCGGAAGCAGCCAUGCAGGGGCAGGCAGCUGCAGCUCCUCCCGGCACCCGAAGGCACUUCCUUGUGUCUUUCCAACGAGGAGCUUUCCGGGGUGGCUUUCCACACGGGGUUUGGCUUUCUGGCAUUCAAGAUUCGAGGGCCAUCUUGUGGAGUUGAGUGUGAGAGAUCCAGAUCAAAGGGAGGACUGCUUGCACCCUGGAAUUGAACAGUGGCAUUCCCUUCCACAAGAUUCUGUGAUGGGAACCAUUUUGGAUGGAUUAGUAGGACUUUAAGAAAAGCUUCCUGAAAGAGAAGGCUAGCAGUGGCAACUAGCCCAAGGGCUACAGAUCUGGUCCAGGAUGAGAGGUGGCACGCUGGUGCACAGCAGUGUCUGGGGACGUGGGCAGGAGCCUGCCAUUGCUGCCCUUGGGACCUGCUGGUGGGCUCGGUGGGCGGCUGGCUGGCCACUGUGUGAAUGGCAGACAGGGCUUGUUGCACCCGGGCCUGAUCCAGCCUCCAAGUUCUGCUGCUGCUCCCAUGGGGUACCACCAGGGCAGGGGGUCACUGAAUGUCACCCAUGCUAUACCUUGCAGGCAGUGGAAGACAAGCUGGUAGGUAGGACCAAGGAGGCUUCUCUGUCAAGCUUGAAGUGUGCAGUGAGCACAGAAAGGCGGAGAAUUCUGGCAGGAUGUCCACAUUGUUUCUGUGCAGAGAUGCAUCCUAGUUUUCUGUGCCCCUUUGCUUUGGUGCUCUUCCUUGUGUCAAGGAAGAGCUUUUAUUUGAUGGGGGGGGAGUAAGCUUUUCAAAAAAGAAAAAAACUGGGAUUCUUCAUCCAACUUCAUCUCCAGGGAGGGGGACUUGGCCAAUAACUUCUGUCUGCCCUCAUCAGUUGUGGUGGUUCUGCAUGUGGGGUUCAAGGACAAACUGAAUCCAGCAUCGGCAGGGAAGCAGGUGUUUGCGCUGUGUGGACAGGUGCUCUGGGCUGUGGUUGCCAACUGUGCUGAUGGAACCCUUCCCCCCGCACGCCCCCUUUUUUCCCUGUAGACUUGAAGGAAAGUGUGGCCCUCCUUGUGUCCCAGCAGUGAUGGCUCUCAUGGCUCCUGGAAUUUUCCUGCUGUGCUUCCCUCACAGUCUCCUUACUGUGUUUCAGUGGCAGAAGCUCCACCCCUCAGAUGGGGCCACCUGCUGCAGCUUUUCCCUGAAAGAUGUUAAAUCUGGUAGAGCUUGGUGCAACUGAAACAGCAUGGCUUCUCUUUCAGGAGCCAAACCCUCAGCCAAAGCCAGCCAGGCUCUUUCACUUGGUAUCUGGGAUGGCUUCUCUUCUUGGAUGGCGCUUUCCUCUUUUCCAAUCCAGAGAGACCCCUGUGUUGCUGAGGUCGCCUUGCCACAGCCCCCCUGGAUACUCCUCAUAUCUGCUAUAAACCUUCCUUUUCUGUUUCAGUCUUCUAAUUCUCUUCCUCCUUGAUCCUCUCUUCUAUCUUUCUGUAUCCUGUCUUCAUAGAGUUGUAGAAUAGUAGAUUUGGAAGGGGCCAAGAUGGCCAUCGAGUCCAUCCUCCUGUGGGUGCAGGGCACCCAUUCAUCCACUCAAGUGGCUGUCCAGUUUCUUUUUGGAUGUCUGUAGUCUGGGAGUGCCCAUGACCUCUCCAGACAACUGGUUCCACUGUCGUAUUGCUCUGACAGUGAGGAAACUUCUUGACAUUUAGCCUCAACCUGGGUUAUCGGAGCUUGAGCUGAUUAUUCCAUGUCAUCUUAAACUUCAUCCCUUCUCCCCUUCCUUGUAUUGUGUCUCAUGCUUUCAGGAAUCUCCUUCCACCUCAGAAGUUCCAUUGCUUCAUCAGUCUCCAAUCUAAAAGAAGAAAAAUCUUUAUCCAUGCUUUUUUCACAUUGCAUAUCUCUUGUCCUUUCUCUCUCUCUCUCAGCUGUAAGCUUGAAGUAAGUACUGCUCUGUAGCCAACACCAAGAAUAAUCCUCACACAUCACUGACUGACAGUGGUACCUCCAGCUCUUGGAUCAGCCCAAGCCCUGCCUUGAUGUGCCGCAAGCAAAGCAAGAUCUCUCCUACUGAGCUACCACCCUUUUGCUAAAGAUAAGGCAAGAUUCCAGUCCUCGCAGUUCCAAAGAAAGGCUGAUUUAGAUCAGUAUGUAGGUGCUGUGCCUUGUUCCAUUUGGCCCAGCAGCGUCAACACGGAAUGGCUUCCUGGAGCUCCAGCACUGUUAGAGACAUUGGGGUUCGCAGCUGGAGCCUCUCACUCACACUAGCCGCUGUACUGCUUUGUCAUUCUCUCCGGGUGAAGCCAAAAUGUGCUUGUUCACAACACUCAGCUCCCAGUUUCUUCCUCUUCCCCAGUCUGCUUCACUGGGGGUGGGGGGGGGUGUUCUUGUGACCAAAGGUUUGAUUUCUGUGCAUCUUGUCCUCCCCCACCACGAGCUUUCCUGGCCCAGUCAGUGGAGAGGAUCUGAACCUGCUGCAGAAGACACAGUAUGGAAACCUUCGUUCCUCUCCGAGCUGCUGAACUGGGCUUGGUGGUCAGUCUUGGAACAGUCAUGAUUCAGGGAGUUGCUAGGGAAGAAGCGUUUCUGUGCGUGAAGCUUCGCUGUAUCCACUAUUCUGCCUUCCAGCUAGUGUCACAAGGGGGAAAUCCAGCAGCUGAAAUGCUUAAGACCAAGCUUGAGAUUAUCUUUAAAACCUUCAGCAAAAGGUUGCAGCACCUCUCGCCCCUUAGCAGGAACCUCCCUGUCCUAAAGGGAUGACUGAAUGGGGUCAUCCCCAACGUUCUGCCCAGCAUUCCGUGUUUCCUGGAAGCUCGGUGUGCCCAGCCCUAGCUGGGAUGCUCAUGGGGGUCACUCCCUUUUCAGGUUCCUUCCCAUGGCCCCCCAACCAAGGCUUCCCUCACGUGUCUUCAUGGCCCCUUUUGGUGUGCUUUUAGGCUGGGUGUGCUUUGUGGCCCUUGCACUGGCCUCUGGAAACUCAAAAUUCAUCUUUGGAAAAGAGGAAGGGGGCAGGGGUUCCUAAGGGCCUGGAGUCCCAUGCUCAACCCAUCUUUGACUUCUUGCAGUCUUAGACUCCCACACCUCUUCCAGCACUUUGUGUUGACUUUUUUCUGUGCCAGACUAAAGAGUUGUAGCUACUAAAAAGAAACUGGGACCAAGGAGUUUGGUUCAUGCACUGGCUUUCUGUCUGUUUCCUGGCCAAUAUCAUGUUGCACCCACAGAAAUCGUCUGAGUAGGAGGGCAUCAUGGGGCUGGGUUCUGGGCGCAGUUUGGCGGCUUUCAGGCUUCCUACCUCCAAGGGACCCUCUCAGAUGCAUGGUUUGGCCAUUGAGUUGCAGGUGUGCACCUGCUGUGUAGCUCCCUGUCCCCCAUCGUGGACUGUGCGAUGGUGUGAAGGCCCAGCCCAUGUGUGGGAAGGUGGCAAAUGGUUCUGCAGACUUUGGCAGUCAUUGCUCAUCUUGUGUUUUUUCUGUACUGGGUGCUUCAGGCUGCCUGGUGGGAAGAGGUGGUGAUGCCCAGGACCUCGGUGGCCGUGCUCCAUUCUCGGACUUCCACCCCUGGCCUCGGGGCAUUAGGAGGAGGCCUUAAGUGCAGCAAGAGCUCAGCUCCACUGCGGUGGCCCUUGUUCCUGGACGGGUCUCACAUGCCUGUCCUUCCACUGUUCCCCUCUGGGUUGGAGCAGAGAGCAUUCCAUGGUGCUCUGUGCAUGUUUUAUGUUUGCCAUGAAGUAUAACUUGCAUGGUCUCCUCCAUUUCCCAGUCUGUGGGAAAGCCGUUUGAGAAACAAACAGCCUUGGCGGUUGCUGUGCAUCUCACCUGCCACCUGGGGUCUGGUUCUGAGGGACCCAGGAAUGGCCCUGAUGGUGGGGAGCUCGCUUGCACUCCCUGGGCUCCGGGCCGCCGCUCCUCCUGUGGCUGCACUGCUUCAGCCCUGGCGGGGAGGCGUCCUGUGUUCUUCCACAGCUGCAGCUUCUCUUGAUUACAAGAGGAGCAAGCCUUUUGGGGAAGCUAACAAACGGCCCAAUUGUGCGCUCUCAGCCUGUGGCAGCAUCAUUUGAAAAACCUGUCCACUGAAGCACCUGGUGCCAAAACCUCCGCAGCUGCACAGUGGCCAACUUGCAUGCCUUAGUCCAUUGCUGGAAGUGUUUUGCACCCAGAAGGACAUCCAAGCACAGGAUGACGGCCAAGUGGGCCAGCAGGCCAAGUGGGGGAGGAUCCUUGCCUGGGCCAGUUGCAACGUCCCUGUGGCUGCUGAAAAUGCUUGCGGGGCCUUCUGUCUAAAUGGGGGCAGGUGGAGGAAUGGUUCUGUAUGCUGCUUUUUCUUGGAGGAAAUGUGGGUUGUACAUGAAAUAAACUAAAGAGAAGAA